CCAAAAAGACGGAACAAGAGCUAAAAGAUGAAGAAAUGGAGCUAUUCACAAAAUAUUACAUGGAAUGGAAAGGAGGAAGAAAAAGUGGCAAUACGUCAUACAUGAACAUACCACGAUUCUACUAUAGGCUGCCAGCUGAAGAUGAAAUCUUGCUUCAGAAAUUGAGAGAAGAAUCUAGAGCAGUCUUUCUGCAAAGAAAAAGUAGAGAGCUGUUGGACAAUGAAGAGCUGCAGAAUCUCUGGUUUCUGCUGGACAAACAUCAGACAUCGCCAAUGAUUGGGGAAGAAGCAAUGAUCAACUAUGAGAACUUUCUGAAAGUUGGGGAAAAAGCUGGACCUAAAUGCAAGCAGUUCUUCACAGCCAAGAUCUUUGCUAAAUUACUCCAUAAUGAUCCUUAUGGGAGGGUAUCUAUCAUGCAGUUUUUCAAUUAUGUCAUGCGAAAAGUAUGGCUUCAUCAGACAAGAAUAGGUCUCAGUUUAUAUGACGUGGCAGGACAGGGCUACCUCAGAGAGUCUGAUUUAGAAAACUAUAUUCUGGAACUCAUCCCUACUUUGCCACAACUGGAUGGUUUAGAAAAAUCUUUUUACUCCUUCUAUGUCUGCACAGCAGUUAGAAAGUUCUUCUUCUUUCUGGAUCCUCUCAGAACAGGGAGGAUAAAGAUACAGGAUAUUUUAGCUUGCAGCUUCCUGGAUGACUUACUGGAGUUAAGGGAUGAAGAACUUUCUAAAGAAAGUCAGGAAACAAAUUGGUUUUCUGCUCCUUCCGCAUUAAGAGUUUAUGGCCAGUAUUUAAACCUUGAUAAAGAUCACAAUGGCAUGCUCAGCAAAGAAGAACUGUCCCGGUAUGGAACAGGGACUCUGACCAAUAUAUUUUUGGAUCGUGUCUUUCAGGAAUGCUUAACUUAUGAUGGGGAAAUGGACUAUAAGACCUACCUGGACUUUGUGCUUGCAUUAGAAAACAGAAAGGAGCCUGCAGCUCUGCAAUAUAUUUUCAAACUACUUGAUAUAGAGAACAAAGGAUACCUGAAUGUCUUUUCCCUUAAUUAUUUCUUUAGGGCUAUUCAGGAACAAAUGAAAAUCCAUGGACAAGAACCAGUUUCUUUUCAGGAUGUCAAGGAUGAAAUCUUUGAUAUGGUGAAGCCUAAGGAUCCUUACAAAAUCUCCCUUCAAGACUUAAUCAAUAGCAGUCAAGGAGACACUGUUACCAGCAUUCUAAUUGAUCUGAAUGGGUUCUGGACAUACGAGAACAGAGAGGUCCUUGUGGCAAGUGACAAUGACAACACUGCUGAUGUUGAUGAUACGUGACUUUAAACAGGAGCAGACUGUAUCCCUAGAGAUAUCUCAAAGAUACUUCAAUCUGAUGCACCAACUGUUGGAGGCUGGAAACAUUCAUUACCUGAAUCAAUUCCUUUUCCCAUUUACUUCCCUGCCCUCCCUCUUAUAAUAUAAGAUGUAGUAUAUACAGAAAUUGCAGAACUGAUUUCUGAAUAAAAAAAAAGCAAGUGUUGUUUUAAGAAAUGGAAAUAACCCUUUUUUUAAUAAGUAUUUUUGGGCUUUU